AUGAUUGCUUCUUUUCCAACCUUCGUGGCAGUUUUUGUCCUUCUUAUCUUGGACAUCGGUGCCCAGGACACGUUUCUUGCUGCAGUGUAUGAACAUGCUGUCAUAUUGCCAGAAAAAACAGAAACACCUGUUUCUCAAGAAGAUGCCUUAAUCCUCAUGAACGAGAAUAUAGAUAUUCUGGAGAGAGCAAUAAGGCAGGCAGCUAAGGAGGGUGCUCAAAUCAUCGUGACUCCUGAAGAUGCACUUUAUGGAUGGUCGUUCACCAGGGAAACUGUCUUCCCUUAUUUGGAAGAGAUCCCAGACCCUCAGGUGAACUGGAUUCCAUGUCAAGAUUACCACAGAUUUGGUCAUACACCAGUACAAAGAAGACUCAGUUGUCUGGCCAAGGAUAAUUCAAUUUAUAUUGUAGCAAAUAUUGGGGACAAAAAGCCAUGUAAUGACCAUGAUUCUACAUGUCCUUCCAAUGGCUAUUAUCAAUACAAUACCAAUGUGGUAUACAAUGCAGAAGGACAACUGGUGGCACGAUACCAUAAGCACCAUCUCUACAAUGAGCCUCAGUUUGAUGUCCCUAAAAAGCCAGAGUUAGUGACUUUCAACACCACCUUUGGGAAGUUUGGCAUUUUUACCUGCUUUGACAUACUCUUCCAUGAACCUGCAGUGACCCUGGUGAAGGAUUUCCAUGUGGACACCAUACUCUUCCCUACAGCUUGGAUGAAUGUGUUACCCUUUUUGACAGCUGUUGAAUUCCAUUCAGCCUGGGCAAUGGGAAUGAGAGUUAAUCUUCUUGCAGCCAAUACACAUCGUGCCAGUAUAAAUAUGACAGGGAGUGGUAUCUAUGCACCUCACUCUCCCAAAGUGUACCAUUACGAUAUGGAAACCUCAUUUGGGAAGCUCCUGUUUUCAGAGAUGGAUUCCCACCCUCGGGCCUCCGCUAUGUACCCACCACCUGCAAGCUGGAGUGCUUAUGCCAAGACCAUCAAACCAUUUCCAAUACAGAAAACGGCCUUUGGAGGAUUUGUUUCCCGUGAUGAGUUCAACUUCACAGAACUUUAUGAAAGUGCAGGAAACCUUACAAUCUGUCAGAAAGAGCUCUGUUGUCAUUUAAGCUACAGAAUGCUACAAAAAGAAGAGAACGAAAUCUAUGUUCUGGGAGCUUUUACAGGCUAUCAUGGACGAAGGAGGAGAGAGUACUGGCAGGUUUGCACAAUGCUGAAGUGCAAAACAGCAAAUGUGUCAGCAUGUGGACGGCCAGUAGAAACAGCUGCUACGAGAUUUGAAAUGUUCUCAUUGAGUGGCUCCUUUGGAACAGAGUAUGUUUUUCCUGAAGUGCUCCUUAGUAAAAUUCGUCUGUCACCUGGGAAAUUCGAGGUUCUAAAAGAUGGGCGUUUGGUAAACAAGAAUGGAACAUCUGGGCCUAUACUAACAGUGUCGCUAUUUGGCCGGUGGUACACAAAGGAUUUAACCUCCAGCUCAAAUGGAACCAGUAAUCCACCAAUAACUUACAUGCUAAUAUACACGUUACUAUUAAUAAUUACAGCAUUGCUAAAUAUUUUGAUCAUAUAG